UUCAUUUCUCAUCAUGGAGCUUCUGAGUCCAUUAUCUCUCAUCUUCAUCUUUGCUUGCAUAUUCCUUGCAUUGUUCAUUACUCAAAACCUUUCAAAUCCCCACAAGUCCCUCAAAAACCUGCCACCAGGACCAUGGAAGCUACCUCUUCUUGGCAACAUUCACCAAUUUGUAGGGGCACUUCCUCAUCAAACUCUGAGAAACUUAGCCAACAAAUUUGGACCCUUGAUGCAUCUGCAACUUGGUGAAACUUCACACAUAAUAGUCUCUUCAGCAGAUAUUGCCAAAGAGGUUAUGAAAACUCAUGAUGCCAUCUUUGCCAACCGGCCUCAUCUUAUUGCUUCCAAAUUCUUUGUUUAUGAUAGCAGCGACAUAGUUUUUUCUCCUUAUGGAAAAACUUGGAGACAACUCAAAAAGAUUUGCGUUUCAGAGUUGCUACAUGCAAAACAUGCUCAAUCACUAAGGUGCAUAAGAGAAGAAGAGGUGGCUAAACUAGUUAGAAACGUGUGUGCCCAUGAAGGAUCAAUUGUGAACCUCACCAAGGAAAUUGAGUCAGUGAUGAAUGCGAUAAUUGCGAGAGCAUCAAAUGGCAAAAGGUGCAAAGACCAAGAAUCGUUCAUAUCAACCAUGGAGCAAAUGUUGCAGCUGUUGGGAGGCUUUUCCAUUGCUGAUUUCUACCCUUCGAUCAAAGUGCUUCCUUUUCUCACAGGAAUGAAAAGUAAACUUGAAAAAGCGCAGAGAGAGAACGACAACAUCUUAGAAAAUAUGGUGAAGGAUCACAAGAAAAAAAAUAUGAACAGGCAGAAGUUUCUAGCAUCAUUUAACCACUCACAUUAGAGAUUUUCUAACACUUUUCCGUAUAUUUAUUGACUUCUCUAAUAGAAUUUGGAGUUUAAUUGCUUUUCUUAUUUUCUU